AUGUGCUACGGAAUCCUCUACGGUGUCUCGGAGGCCACGCUGAAGAAGUAUCGCGGUUGGGCCAACGAGUACAAGCGGUUCAUGGCCCACGAGCUGCCUAAACUGGACGCGGGUAGGUUUGGUGAUGAGGCCGCGCUGAGAAACGCGAACCCGGACGAGAUUGGGGCCGCGCUCGAACAGAACAUGGGUGGUGACUGGAAGAUGGCGGAGGGCGACGAGCAGUGGUUCCACGGCCCUGAGACGAAUCCGUGGCGCUUACGCAAAUACGUGACCUUCCUCGCGAACGAGACAGUCGCGCAGGCGGACACGAUGGCCACACUCAAGCGGCCGCAGAAGACCUUGAAGAAGAGACGCCAGUGCACCCCAGCAAUGCUGAUGGGGCGUCUCAAGGCUUUGAACCUGCUCAUCAAGCUGGACGGGGCGAUCUUCAGGAAGCCCGUUCUGAACCUGCUGCGCGACUUUGCAGAGUGUCGCAUCUGGGUCCUGACGGGCAAGACAAACAAAGACUUCUCGCUCAACUACAUAUCUGCUGUGAGGCACAUAGAUUGGACGCUGUGCGCGGUCGGAGCGACGCUGCUGUGGCUGCACUGGGUGUACGACUUGGUUCCCAUCCUUUACGAGAACAUAGCCCCCCCUCUCGACUUCACGGAACCCUCCACGUGGUACGAUCAAUAUCUGUUCUUCCCCCUUCGCGCGGGCAACGAGAAGCAAAUACCGCCCACGACUCAUCACGACUGGGCGGCGAAAAUUCUCCAGGACGCGGGAAUCACAUGCUCGCGUGCGGUUCACGCGACCAGGGCUGAGGGGGCGCAGCACGUGUCCGCGGACGGAAUGCCUUCGGAUCAGCUGGCGAGGCUGGGGGGCUGGCGCUUCAUCGACGUGAUGACUAAGCACUACCUCACAACCAUUCCAAGGGAGGUCGUGCUGCUGAAGGCGGGCUUCACCGGGGUUGACGGUGACUACUUCCUGGGUCGCGCAACUGUUCCGGUCAACGAUAAGCUGGAUGAGCUACUUAGGAAGCACAUUUUCCCAUGGGCCGCCACGGACAAAGGACAGCAACAGUGCAAGGAUUACAACCGCAGGAUGGUGGAAACGCAGAAGCCGGAGAAGCAGGACACCGCGGGGCUAAACAUACUGAAGGAGCUGGAUGGGGACGCUAGGAUGGCGGUCGCGCAAGACCUGGCGAUGUAUUACAUCCACCAGCCACUAGGCCUAGAGUUGGUCGCGACUCAGAAACGGGUGAAAGAGCUGGAGGGGCUGCUGGAGGAUCGCGAUCGGAAACUGGCCGAGAAGGAUGAGCGCGUGAAUGAUUUGGAGGCCCAGCUGUCGCGGCUCACCGUGAGCAGCUCAGGGCCGACCGCGGUUCCGAACCAGGCAACCACUCCUGGAGCCGCGGCCGCGACGACCAAUGCCACAGGUCCCACCGAGCAGGGGACGCGGAAGAAAGCCGCAGCGCCCACCAGGGAACAGACGAUUCGGGACGCGAUCGUCCUUCCAUGGGUCAACGCCACCAAACCGUCAGACGGAUGGAAGCUGUACAAGACAACGCACCCGCUGAUCCUCGAGAGUCUAGAGUCGCUUCUGGCCCAACCCCGCGGCGCAGUUUCGCGAAUGGCCGCGCUCAUUGGAGAGGAGGGAGGCGGCCAGAACGCGAUAAACCGUGUUAAGCGAAUCAUGAACUUCAUCGCCCACAGGGUGGAGCAAGGAGACGACAUCGCGGUAGUGCUCGACAAGCUCGACCUCAUGUCAGGUGCUGUGGGCAUGUCGGGUGUAUCGGAAGGGAUCGCGGUAAAGAAGAAGAGUGUUGACAUGGAACUGAGCCAGCUCAAGAAGGGCUCUCCGGUGGAGGUUCAGUUGCGUGUGAAAUGGAUGCUUGUUCGCGACCGUCUCAUCGAUGCCUCUCUUCCCGCUUCGGAGUUCACGGUCGCGUGGCCCCAGUACUGUGCGCUCAUGCCAGACUUGCAGUAA